UGAGAUCCAAACCCAGGGACCCGGCACCCAUGGGAUCCCAACCCAAGGACUCAGCACCCAUGGGAUCCCACCCCGGGGAGCCGGCACCCAUGGGAUCCUGUGCCAGGGACCCGGCACCCAUGGGAUCCCAACCCAUGCGAUCCCACCCCAGGGACCCGAUCUCCAUGGGAUCCCACCCAAGGACACAGCGCCCAUGGGAUCCCACGCCAGGAACCCAGGACCCAGCACCCAUGGGAUCCUACCCCUGGGACACAGCACCCAUGGGAUCCCACGCCAGGGACCCAGCACCCAUGGGAUCCUACCCCUGGGACACAGCACCCAUGGGAUCCCACGCCAGGGACCCAGCACCCAGGGGAUCCCACCUCGGGGACCCAGCACCCAUGGGAUCCCAACCCUGGAGAC